ACGUGCUUUCCCUUUAAUUUUAGACCUGAUCUCAUGGCCGAAGCCCGUUACUCGAUCCGGGCCGCUGCCCCGUUUCUCCGGCAUCAGCUCGACUCCGGGCGUUGCUUCGCGCACCGUCUGCAGGAGCGCCCGCCGAGCUGCCGUGCCGUGCCCCGGCGCCUCUCCGCCGCCCGGCGCACAGGGCGGCAGCCGCGCUCGGCAGGAGCAUCCCGGCACCGCCUGCUCGCUCCGCUCAGCCCAGCGGUAGCUGUCACCGGGCCCGGCCCGCUGCCGCCGGCGUGGCGGGGGCAGGUGCCGCAGGUGCAGUUCAGCUGAGAUUGAAUUCCUCUUUGGCUGUCCGUAAACUGUGAAACAGAAGGAUGCAGAAGACUAUCUCUUGGCUUUUUGUACAUGAGUGAUAAGAGCACAAGAUCAUUACUACAGGUUUGCUGCAAAGAUGAGUUCAGAGGAGAAGAGUAUAUCUCCAGCUCACAAAACAUCCACUCCAUCACAUAGAAGUGCCUCCUCUUCAUCAUCGUCUCAGAGGGACAGGAGGCAGAGUAUUCAUAUUUUGGAGCGGAAGGCUUCCUCGGGAAGCACAGACCCUUCUUUAAGCAAGCAGUUCCUUGAAAGCGACCCUAUUUCUUUAUCCAAGGAACCUGACAGCUGGGAAAUCAUAGAGGGUCUGAAAAUAGGCCAGACUAAUGUCCAGAAGCCAGACAAACAUGAAGGUUUCAUGCUGAAAAAGAGAAAAUGGCCUUUAAAAGGUUGGCACAAGAGAUUUUUUGUCCUGGAUAAUGGAAUGUUGAAAUAUUCCAAGGCACCAAUUGAUAUACAGAAAGGCAAAGUCCAUGGGAGCAUUGAUGUUGGUUUAUCAGUUAUGUCGAUAAAAAAGAAGGCUCGUAGAAUAGACCUUGACACAGAAGAGCACAUCUAUCAUCUCAAGGUGAAGUCCCAGGAUUCAUUUGAUGCAUGGGUUUCAAAAUUACGCCACCACCGGUUGUACCGUCAGAAUGAGAUUGUGAGAUCUCCAAGAGAUGCGAGCUUUCAUAUAUUCCCUUCAGCCUCUACUACAGAGUCUUCACCAGCUGCUAAUGCAUCAGAGGGAAAGGUGCAACAAAAUAGCUUCCCCUGGCAGUCUCCUAUACCUUGUAGUAACAGCCUUCCUGCCACCUGCACUACGGGUCAGAGUAAAGUAGCAGCCUGGCUACAGGACUCAGAAGAGAUGGACAGAUGUGCAGAAGAUCUUGCCCAUUGUCAGUCAAACCUUGUGGAACUCAGUAAACUUCUUCAAAAUUUAGAAAUACUACAGAGAACUCAGUCAGCACCAAAUUUCACAGACAUGCAGGCUAACUGUGUAGAUAUUUCAAAGAAAGACAAGCGGGUCACGAGACGAUGGAGAACAAAAAGUGUCAGCAAAGAUGCAAAAAUUCAACUUCAGGAAGGGCCGGCACCGAAGGGCCAGUUCAGCACAACACGACGCCGGCAGAGACUGGCAGCUGCAGUGGCUACAACAGUCCCUUUCAGUGCUACAAUGUCACCCGUUAGACUGCAUUCAUCCAACCCCAACCUUUGUGCAGACAUUGAGUUUCAGACUCCCCCGAGCCACGUAACGGACCCUCUGGAGUGCUCUACAGAGUACAUGAAGCUUCAAGAAGAAUUCUGCCUGAUGGCACAAAAAGUGCAUUCUCUUUUGAAGUCUGCCUUUAACAGCAUAGCUAUAGAGAAGGAGAAGCUCAAGCAGAUUGUUUCAGAGCAGGAUCUUAUAGGCCACAAUGCUCAAAUAGCACACCUCAGACAGUCCCUCUCUCAGGCUCUCAACCAGAAUGCUGAACUAAGGAGUCGCUUGAACAGAAUACAUUCAGAAUCUGUUAUUUGUGAUCAGGUUGUCAGUGUAAAUAUUAUCCCUAGUCCUGAUGAGACAGGUGAGCAAAUUCAUGUCAGUUUGCCACUGGCUCAGCAAGUUUCUAACGAGAGCAGGCUCUCGAUGUCUGAGUCCAUUUCAGAGUUCUUUGAUGCACAGGAGGUGCUUCUCUCUGCCAGCUCCUCAGAAAACGAGGCUUCUGAUGAUGAAUCUUAUAUCAGUGAUGUGAGUGAUAACAUAUCCGAAGACAAUACCAGUGUUGCAGACAACAUUUCUCGGCAAAUUCUUAAUGGUGAGCUAACAGGAGGUGCAUUCAGGAAUGGACGGAGAACUUGUCUCCCAGCUCCCAGCCCUGACACAAGUAACAUCAAUCUGUGGAAUAUUUUGAGAAAUAACAUUGGCAAAGAUCUUUCCAAAGUAUCCAUGCCAGUUGAGCUAAAUGAACCUCUGAAUACCUUGCAACAUCUUUGUGAAGAGCUGGAAUACAGUGAACUCCUGGACAAGGCUGCUGAAACAGAUGAUCCUUAUGAACGCAUGGUUCUCAUAGCUGCUUUUGCAGCAUCAGGCUAUGCCUCUACAUACUUUAGAGCAGGAAGCAAGCCAUUUAACCCAGUGCUUGGUGAAACCUAUGAAUGUAUUAGAGAAGACAAAGGAUUUCGAUUUUUCUCAGAGCAGGUUAGCCACCAUCCUCCCAUUUCGGCCUGUCACUGUGAAUCGAAGAACUUUGUGUUUUGGCAAGAUAUCAGGUGGAAAAACAAAUUCUGGGGGAAAUCAAUGGAAAUCCUGCCAGUUGGAACCUUGAAUGUGACUCUUCCAAAGUACGGAGACUACUAUGUCUGGAACAAAGUCACUACUUGCAUACAUAAUAUUCUUAGUGGAAGGAGGUGGAUAGAACACUAUGGAGAGAUAACUAUCAGAAACACAAAAAGCAGUAUUUGCAUUUGUAAACUCACAUUUGUCAAGGUGAACUACUGGAAUUCAAAUGUAAAUGAGGUCCAGGGUGUUGUGAUAGAUCAAGAAGGGAAGGUGGUUCAUCGCCUUUUUGGAAAGUGGCAUGAAGGCCUUUAUUGUGGGGUUGCACCUUCAGCCAAAUGUAUAUGGAGGCCAGGCUCCAUGCCAACCAAUUAUGAACGUUAUUAUGGCUUCACGAGGUUUGCUAUUGAGCUCAAUGAACUAGAUCCUUUACUGAAAGAUCUUCUUCCUAGAACAGAUGCGCGAUUCAGACCAGAUCAAAGGCUUCUGGAGGAAGGCAACAUAGAAGCAGCAGCAUCAGAGAAACAAAGAAUAGAGGAACUCCAGCGAGGUCGGAGGCGGUACAUGGAAGAAAACAGCAUUGAAUAUGUACCCAAAUUUUUUAAGAAAGUUAUCGACGCUAAUCAAAGAGAAGCCUGGGUUACCAAUGACACCUACUGGGAGCUGCGAAAGGAUCCUGGCUUUAGUAAAGUAGAAAUUCCCAUACUCUGGUAAACUCAGAAUGUAGAUCUAGUAAACAUAUCACUUUGAAGAAAAAAAAUAACUAUGCACAAUAUGUUUCUUAGCUAAGCGUGGUUUGUGGGUCUGCAGAAAAACCUGUCAUUUGCAUUUAUAUUCAUCUUUAUAAUGGACUUUUGAAAGUGCAUUAGACCAGGCCCCUGACCACUUCUGGAUCUUUUUAAUUUUGCAGCAGCCAUUAAAAAAAAAAAAAAAAAAAGAAAAAAAGAAACAGAAACGUUUUGAAGUUUAAUACACUGAAAAUUCAGAAUAAAAGAAGCAGAUGAGUUAUCCAAAGUCACUCAGAAGAGAUGGUAAAUGCAAAACUGCAACUGGUGCUUUAAACAGACAUUAAGAGUAAUGUAAUUUAAAUGGGAAAAAAAAAAAAAAGAAAAAGAAGAAGAGAAAAAUUCCAUUUUGUUUCAACUAUUUUUGUUAAAAACUCUUGGGUUACAACAGUGUCAUUUCUGGCUUCAGGUCAGUCCUUUGAUGUGAUGUGUUUGGACUGGCCUUUGUCAAAAAGAUAUGCUUUUCUGGAAGCUGUUCCCAUUCAUAUGCCAUUGUUCAUGCCUUAAACAAAAUACGAAGAUGUACAGUAAGUAACUUUAAAAUACGUAUGCUUAGGCUUGUGCGAAGGGCAGAUUUUUAAAGCACUAGAUUUUAUCAUGAUAUGAAUAUUGGAGAACCUGCAUUAGUUAAAAUCAAAAGACAACAAAACAUCUAACUGUAUUUUAGAGGAGUGAGAUCUGUACAUGCUUUAGCUUUGGGAAGCUGACUGUAUAAUCAGACUGAAGAGAAAUUGUGAACUGGUUGAACGUGAGACAGUUGUGAUAAAUGCACAUGAAUUGCUAGUCAGAAAGUUCUUAUUCUAAAUGGCUCUUGAUGCUGAGAUGCAAUCAUCACUUUUAUCACUGGCAGGACAUAGUCUCACAGUGAAUCUCAUUUCCCUGUAAAAGUUUAUACAAUUAGAAUUCCCUGAAGCUUUGCAGCAGCAUUCAAAGCACAGAAAUAUUUCAUGGGGAAGGUCUCUGGCUUCUUUCUAGGAGCUGGAUAGUACUGUAAAUGCAACUAUUUUCUGCCACACACAUUGUUUACUUUACUGGCUCCAUUUUUUCCUCAUCCAUUUUCUUAUCUAAAUUUAUAUUUGAGAGUAUGGCAGAGGCUCCUGUGUGUUGUCUCUAACAACUACUACUUGUGUUGCCAAAAUAGCUUUUGUGUAAAAUUAUGUUUUACAGGUUUUCAUAAAGUGAUUCUAUCAUUUUUUGAUUAAGAACCAAGUCUCUUAUAUGUUGCUAAGCCUCAGUUAACGUAUGUGGGAGAAGGCUUGGCGCUUUCUACUUGAAGAUCUCUGAAACAUUAAGCAGUAGGAGGGCAGAUUUUAGUAAAUGGAAAAAAGUAAUUUUAUUAGGUAAAAACUGCGUUCCAUAUGGUGUGACCUAGUGUUCCAUUUAUGCAUGUAUUUAUACAUGCAGGCACUGAUUAUAGGUUAGAUUUCAUGCAUAUACACUGUAUUUCUUUCUGCACAUACACAGUGUACAUAGUGCACUUGAAUUUUUUUUAUUUAAGGUUGAUUCCAGUACUGAGACCUAAAAAAAGCAUUAGAUAGGUUUGCGAUCCUGCCCGCAGAGCUGCUUGAACAUUUCUCAGGAGAUUGCUACACUUGCCAAGCUCUCCGCCUUCUUCUUCCUUUUGCAGAGUCAGGUUCGUACAGAACUGAGAUUACUUCGAGUAUUUAAUAUGCCUUUAGUUCUCCCCCUUGUUUGUAUCACAAAGCAACUGGCAGAGCAACUAGCUAUGAAUGAAUUCCAGGUUCUUCUCACAGCUCUGUUAUGAGGAAGAACUAGGAAAGCCUAAAGAAAAUGCCAGGUAGACUUUUUAAGAAUUGUGAUUGCUCAUUAAUCACUUAUGAAUAUUUGGUAUAAAAAAACCUGUGUGCAGAUUAACGGGAUUUCUUCCAAAGAAAAUUUUGAAUUAUUCAAAUAAUAUCUUUUUCUUUCCUAGUUGAGCCUAGUCCGACUUUUUUUUUUUUUUUUUUUUUUUUUUUUUUUUUAGUUCUGCACUUAUUAUUAUAAGAAAAUGAAAAUAUAUCAAAGUUUGGGUUUUUAACCAUCUUUGGUAAACUUCAACCUACUUGCUUUAAUGACAGUACACUAUGAAUCAAAUUGGCAUGCUGUGUGCAAAAUAGCAGUUAAUUAUUCUCUGUCACUUCCCUUAAAAACAACAUUAUUAAACAUUUGCCCACCUCAUGCUCCAGCCUUUGUGUGCAGUUCACCGUGAUAUUAGAAAGCAUUAUGUGAGCAUGAUUGCAACUACAUUUGAGGGACAGAAACUGUAAGUCCUCAAAUUUUUUGAAAGUAGGUUUGUAAUUUAGAUACAGAAGCAAGGCCUUUAGUUUUACAGUGUUCUGCUGGUGCUUUGUAAAUGCCAUUAUUUGCAAUGCAAACUGAAACCUAGUGAAUGCUAAAGAUGGUAUCACUGAUUUAAUUAUUUUUUACAAUUGUUUAUUUGACAGUCAUUGAAAGAAAACUAACAUUAACAUUUUUAGAAUUAGAAAAAUCUGUGGUGUGCUAAAUCUUUCCGUCGAAGGCACUUUUUAAGCCUACUGAGUAUUAAAUUGCUUAAUUAGUAAGUAGAAGAAACACAAAUCAAUGUAUCACAAAAUAUUUGCAGUCUUUUGUCAGAAAUUGAAAAGUGCUAGCAGAUGUACCAUAAAGCAUCUUUUAUAGUAUAGAAUCCUCUGGAUUCUCUGCAAAAUCUUUUAUAGUUUUUUUUUCUUGUAACCUUGGGGGACAUCAUGACAUAUUUUGUGCUGUUUCUAAAGAGAGUGUGUUAACAGAGGGCAGGUCUGGAGGCUUCUAUCCAAAUGAUAAAUUUUAGAGAACCUGCUCUGCCGCAGGGCAGCUGCUCCACCGCCCCUUCCCAGCACGGGGUUUUCUGCCCCAGGUGCAGAACUUCGCACUUUUGAGCCUCAUGAAAUGUCUUCUGGCCCUGUCCUCAAGCCAAGCAAUGUCCUUCUGGCUGAAGUUCUGCCAUUUGACAUGCCAUCUCAUCCUCCUGAUUUAAUGUAAUCUGCAAACUUGUUAGUAUGUCAUCUAUGUCCUUGCCCAGGUCACUAGUGAGAUGUUGACUGACAUGGGUCACAAAAUUGACCAUGCAGGACUGUCCUCAUUUCUAGCUGCCAGUGGAGCGCAAGCCACUGAUCAAUCCAUGCCCUUCAAGCCUGGGGAUUUGGGAAGUUUUCCAUACACCUUACUCCAUUCAUCCAGGCAGUAUUUGCUUUUGAAAGGCACGAAAAAUAGAUUUAAUUGCUAUAGGUUUGGUAUGUGAUGAAAAUCAGUGUAAAGCAUUUGAUAUUUAUAAACCUUUAAACAAUUUAAGAACUUCUAACUUUCACUACAAAGACAUACCCUUUGCUUUUUCCUGUGUUUCCUGCAAAAACACUUAUUUCUGUAAAAAAUACACAACCCUUCGGCUUUAGUUUCACAAUAGUGAACUGUACUUUCAAUUAAUAUUUUGAAAGUGUACCUUAAUUUUUCCUUGUUCUGGUACUGCAGAUAUGAUAGGGUAAUAAUAAUAAUAGCUACUUUCACCAAAUAUGAUGUCUUAGAAAGACUUAACUUCAUUCCUAUUAUAGGUCUGUAUUAACAAGAUAGUAGAUUUUUCUGCAUAUUAGAAAUCGUUACCUCUUUGGGAGAUACAAUUUGAAUACAAGUUAUUUUCAUGCAGUACGGCUGUGAUUAAAGUCAUCUAGACACCUAUUCUUUGGACAGAUUAAGUUGCACAAAAUAGGGUUUUUUUGCUAUUUGGCUUUAAAAGUGAAUUCCCACUAUAAUACUCCUUUCAUCUUACAAAUAAUGUUACCUUUAUUUUUCUCAUUUUGAUCUUCUGACUGAAUGAUCUUGUAUGGCAUUUGUGGGUUGUUUGAAUAGCACAUCCUAGGCAUAUGUUGGGUAUUGCAGUACAUAUACAUGACACAGUUUUGAAAGAUAUUGCCCUUAAUUCCCUACUGAACACUAUCAGAGCUUUAUGGAAACAAAUUACAGAAACCUGAAGGCACACUAGGAGCCAGCCCUGGUCCUCCCCUCACGGACACAUGAUGAGGAGCUUGCAUCUGGGCCAUACCCUCUGUUUCCCAUGGAGGUAACAUGGGAUUUUCUCACCUUUGCACCAGGCAAGGUGGAGCGCAGCACAAUCCAGUCUUGCUUGAAGAGUUUCUCUCAAAAAAUCUGAAUUUUUAGAAAUACCUGAAAGGGAGGGGAGAUCAUAAUAACCAAGAGGGCUGAAUAUGCCAAUUUUCUGUGAGUUUUGAAAAACUUCCUUUCACUAGCAAAGCCCUAUUAGUAUAGGGAAGGCUUGUCUGGUCUUCUUGUUUUAAAGGAUUUUUAAUAUUGUCUGGUGCAGAGAUAAAUACUAGCUGUUUAACAUACCAUUGGCUGCAGUCAUAAUCUGAGGAAUUAAUUCUAUUUUAGAUGUCAUUACUAAUGCUGGGGCUGCUUAGUGAAAGUAGAGUUUUCAGAUUAAAUCCACCUGAAGGGGAAGGGUGUUUGUAUUGAUACACAAAAAUGACAGGAGGGUUUAAGUUAGAGAGUUUGUUCCAGCUGGGGGGAAAGGUUAAUAUUGACAGAAGUGUGUAAGAAACACUGAAAUGGCCUCCCCAGUCACCCUGUGUCAUACACACACCUGGGAGAAAGCUAAGAAAGCUUACUGUGUCAUAACCACUUACCUUGGCAGCUGCUGGGGUUGAAGAUAUCAUCUUGGAUUUUCUUCCUGUCUGUCAUUAAGUAUCAGUCAUCAAAACUGUAUAAAACUUGAAUUUUAUCUUUAGAGCGUAUAUUGAUAAAAGUCAAGGUAGGCUGGGGUACAGGCAUAGAAUCAAUCAAUCAUAGAAUGGUUUGGGUUGGGAGGGACCUCAAAGAUCAUCUAGUUCCAAACCCUCUGCCAUGGGCAGGGACACCUUCCACAAGAGCAGAUUGCUCAGAGCUCCCUCCAGCCUGGCCUUGAACACUCCAGGGAUGGGGCAUCCACAGCUGCUCUGAGCAGCCUCUGUUCCAGUGCCUCACCACCCUCAUGGGGCAGAAUUUCUUCCUUAUAUCAAAUCUAAAACUACCCUCUUUCAGUUUAAAACCAUUAUCUCUGGUUACUUUUAUUAUAGUUCUGGUAUCACUCAGUAGUUUCAUGGAAAAAGGUUGCUGUUGUUCUAACAGAAGAAUCUAGACUGUGUUAAUAAAGGUUUAAUUAUUCCUGGGAAGGCUACCUCCCUGAGCUCCAUUAGAACAGUGAAUGGCAUCCAUAAGAAUGUUGCAAGUCCCAGUAAGCUCAGAGAAAUGGCUUCUUUAUAGCAAUUUAUUUUGUUUUCAGAUACUAUCUAUUGUAAGGGGUCCACUUAGAAAAGCAAAUACAUUGUUUGCUCUUUAAACUAGGGAACGUAAAACACCUUGAUUUGUUAGCUUUGGUGUAAUCUAUGUCCUUCUUCCCCUAAACUGGAAAGUCCCUUCAUGAAAGGAUUUUAUAUGGUAUCUUGCAAGUUUAAAAGUGAUAGCAAUGUACUUGUAGGUGUUUUAUAUACCCAUGUCCUCCUCUGUCGGGUUUCAUGGUGUUAUAAACUCAUCAUAUCUUUAAUUUUUUUCCUCUUUUUCCUCCUAAUGAUCUUGGAAAAAACCUCAGAAAAGAAAAGGGAAGGAGGGACUACAAUGGGGAAUAGUGAAACUAAUCACAGGAGCUCUGUCAAUGGCAUAACUGUAACAAAAUAAAGUUUUCUAACUUUUAUGAACUAAAAUGUUAGCAGAGCUGUUGAAUCAAUUUCAGGCAGGUUAUCUUAAUACCACUUUUCUUUCCACUGAUCCGUGACAGCAUGGAAAAGGGAAGAUUGGUGACAUUUGCUCAGAAUUAAUUCUGAAGGUGAAGAAAAGUUUUAAUUCCUUUUAUAAAUCAUGACUGUGGCCAGCAUUUGGCUGAAGGUGCAUUGGUGAUGUGGAGAAAGAGAGUUACAUAUUUUAUAAAGAAGGAAACCAUAAAGUUGGAAUAUAUAAUCAUGAGUGUGUAAUAUAUUCUCUCUUGACCUAUGAAUAAUUCAUUGAAGUAUGGUGAAGCUACUUCUUCUUACUCCUGGAGCAAUGAUCCAGAUGCUGUCUCCUGUGAAACACUAAAACAUAUUUCCAUGUUGACUCCUACUUUUAAUGGUCUGCAAUAAUGAAAGAGGGAUAGCUUAUGCUAAUGUAUAAUGUUGGUGUCCCAGAAUAUUAGGGAUGCAAAAAGGGAAGAAGUGAGGAGAUUCCUUCAAAAUGUUGGAAGUGGGUAACUUUUACACCCAGAGCAGCAAACUGAUCUAAGUGCUAUACAAGAGCAGCAUACACAGUGAUAAAUAUUCAACCAAACCUACUUCUUCACUGAGGUACUUGCUCCUUGUGCCAGUCAGUGUAGCCGCACAUGCAACAUCUUUUUCUGUGGUUGUGUGACAGAUUACACUUGUGGCCCAGGGAUUGAUUUGUCAGGUCCACUCAGGACAAUCGGUGUCAGACUCAGGACUGCAAAUUCAGGUUUCUUUUCUAGUAGUCCUGUGAUGAAUGCUCUCUCUCUUCCUUUAUUAAAUUCACCUGAACAAGGAAUAGUACAGUAACAUUAACGAAAGAAUAUGUUUAAUCCUCAGUAUUUUCCAGGCAAGGGAAAAAUCGGGAUAGCUUCUUUAACUGUACUGAAGAAAUACAGAUGAAAUCCUCAAUUAGAUUUUAAUUUGCUUAACAUUUUAUAAAAUAUUUUAAAACUGGAGCACCAAUAAUAACAUUAUACAUAACCGUAUUUAACUUGCUUUGUCACCUCUCUUGAAUCAACAUUGAAAUUAUGGUUCAAAUUUGAGAUUAGAUCUAUUUAGUUCUUGAAAUGAAUGUUACUCGUAUUCCUUGGUGGUUGAAAUAUAGUAUAACAAAUUCAGAUCACAAUGAAUUUUAUUUUCAGCUGAGUCUUAAACUAGACCUGACUAUGAACUGAGAAAUAAGUACUGAUAAGUAUAUUUUGAUUUGCAGGCAUAAACACAAAGACAGCAACUUCUACCUUAGUUAAGCUUUUCCUCUGAUUAGCAAAAGCAUCGUACUUGUCCCUUUAUAAUUAUUUCUAAACUGAUUAUUUUCAGGCAUUUGUACCUCACUAAGAGUUAAUUACAUGUGAAGCUUAAGUUUAAAAAAUUAAACGAUGUUUGGAGCUCCACAGACAUGAGGAGUGGUGCUUCUGUCUUGCACCUAAUGCUCAGAUCUUGCUAAAUCUCCAGCUCUCACAGCAGGGUGGAUCUGUAGUUCAUACUAAAAUUUCAUCCAAAAAGAAGUACCAGUGGCUUUUCUGGAUGUGACUCUUCUUUGCUUAUUGAUAUAUGUCUACAUUAUUUAUUAUAAAAUGAGUCAGAAAUCAAGCUGCUAGCAUCUGAUGUUUGAAAUCUUUUCCUUCACCAAAAUGCAUAAAAAACUUCUCGUUCUUUAUCUGUUACUGCUAGAUUGUAUGAUGCGAAUACUUAGCACGUAAACAGCCAUCAUAGAAUUAAACUACUGUGGUAUCCAGAGGGAUCAUUAUGAUAGUUCUGUAUUAGGAUAUUAGGUAUAUUUUCUUCGUUGUAAGUAGUAGCAAGACUCUUCACUGGGUCUUUAUCUAUUUUCUUUUUUAUAAUUAACUGUUUGAUGACUUACGAUUUCUCAGUAUUUCAACAGCAAAGUAUUCUGUAUUUUCUUUCAUUUUUGCACAAAGUUAAUAUGAAUUGGGAAUAAUGUCACACUUUUUUUGUGAGAUUAGAUCCCAUACGCACAUGUAUGAAAUGUAGUAAAUUUUAGUAUUGAUACGUUGCUCAGACUCUGAGAAUGCCAUUAGAAGAGUAAGGUUUAGAUUAGUUGUAAAUUUUACAUUGCCUUACUGAACUUCUUUGCUUUUAACAGCCUUUAAUUUCUAAUGUGAAACAGCCCUGCAUCAAUUCUUUAGCAGGCCAAAACGUCAAAACCUAAAUAGAUAAAAAGCAUUCUUUGCUGAUUUACCCAUAUGCCUGUGCUUAUUCUACAAUAAAACCCCCAAAUCUGUUGAUUUCUUGUACACCUCUUUGUGUAGAAUACUUGUAAAAGGAGGUCCUCAGAGUCCUUCCACUGUGAUUAUGCUAUUAUGUCAGCUAGAAAGGUAUACAGAAAGUUGGUUUGUGGGUUUUAAAAUGAAUUGUAAAGGCAAAUAGUUUGUUUCUAGAAGCCUAACAUACAGAGCCAGUAUUUCUUUUGGGUGCUGGAUCCACAGUGUCUGUUUUAGAGGGAAGUAACAGACUUUAAUUGGGAAGGGUCUGUGUUCCUAGAUGCACCAGACAAAAUUUGUCCUGUUGUUCAAAAGCAAUAGAAAACUGUUACUUAAGGGAAAGAAAGAAAAGGAAGAAAAGCAAGUAUUUAUGUACCCAGCUACCCAAAUGUUUAUUUUUUGAGCACUGUAAUAUUAAACCUCACCUGCAGCACCCUUAAUUCUAUGCUAAGAAGUUCACUGUGGACUUCCAUAAUGAGAUGAAGAAGAAAAGGACACUGGGGGAAAAAAAAAGUCAGUACCGUAAUUUCUGAAUAACUCAAUAGAAAAUCAAUUUGCAAAUAUUUGUUUUGAAAACUAUAUAAACUACUCGAAGUAUCACACUUUUUUAAAGUGCAAGUUUAGUCCUUCAUAGUAUGUUCAGUAAUUUAAAAUUUAAAAAGAAAACCUCUUGAUUGAUCUUGAUUGCUUUCUUGCAAAUGCAUUCAUUUGUGCUUGACUAUUCACAUGUUUUGGGUAUCUUUCAUGAUGAGUAUUCUUUACAUCUUAUUAAUUCUGACUCCAAAUACUGACUGUAAUCAUACCUGUAAAAUCAAUUGUAUUGCUUACAGUUACUAAGCAUCAUCAGCUAAGGAAUAAAAUAGUUGGGAUAUAAUUUGUAUAUUGCAAAUCUGUAGACUUUUAUUUCACAUGCAAGAGCUAAUCAGCAAUGCGCAUUUGAGAUUUUUUUUUUCUGCUUCAUCUGCUUUGACUCUGAUCUUGCACAAGCAUCAAUAUGUACUUAACAUAAACAUUGAAAUAGUCUCGUUGAAUUCAGUUUAAAAUAUAUAGAUACUAAAGUUAAAAUGGAAACGCUUAACAGUGACAUCCUAAGAAAUCAAAACAAUGUACCUGGUUACACCGGGCUUUGUGGUACUUGAUUUUUAAUUCCUACCUGCUCAACGAAAUGAGCACAUACGCAGAUGAGGCUGAGCUGCUGUUGGUGCUCCAUUGAGCUCAGUGAGCUCCCAGGUGAGUGGAUGAUCUAGCUGUCCAAAUCAAUUUCAGCCGUAGGCCUAACAUGCUCUCAAGCCUAGCUAUUCAACUAGUUACACUUAAGCUUGAUUUUGAACAUGUGCACUGUCUUGUGGAAGAUAAAUGUGUGAAAUACAGCUGGUUUGGCUGCUUGUCAGUCAGAGCAAUAUAUUUGACUUUCCUUUGACUCUCUUGCUUUUUGAAACCUUAUUCUGGGGCAUCUAGUAUUUAAAAACCAGUUAACUUCAUGUAUCUGCAAAGCUCAAUUAUUUAUGGCCUUUGGAAGAAAGGAGAUUAAAUCAAUGAUAAUUCAUUAUAUUAUGUCUCACUCUGGCAGCUGAAUUGUAAGAAUAUUUGCAGUUCCUGUUUCCCUGUACUUUACCCAGGAUGGUGCCAGCCCAGAGUGAGGGUGGUUAGUACUGUGUGCCAAUCAAAAAAGGAGACUAAUCUUUCUGAUUUGUGAAGAAGGGGGUGGCUAACUAAGAGCACACUCCUAAUUUCAAUCUAGAAAAGCAUGAAUGUGAGAAAGUGCCUCCCCUCUCUCCUUGUAGGCUUUAGCAUAUAAAUAGAAUUGCUUUUUUUGGUAUAUCAAGUUCUCUGGCUACUUCAGAGAUUGAACCUAGCCAGGAAGUAGCAGUAAAAAAAUGCAUUUUUAAGUUCCCAUAUAAUGCAGCUGCAACACUUGUUCUAUGUCUUUGCAUUGUAAGUUGGUUUUGAACAUGCUGUUGUAGUAAUGGAGAAUGCAGACGAGGCCUCACGCUGACUACCUCUCAUGCAAUAAAAACCAGGCUCAUAUAGUAGUUAAAGUUGAUGACAGUUGAGCAUCUUUUGGCCACACGAUUCAGGGAGGUGGUAGUGGGGGGAAAAGUAAGCGAAGGAAAUUAUUUUUAUUAAGACUUUAUCCCACUGAUGUAUGUGGCAUACACAAUACCCAUAAUACCAGCUCCAACCGAGGGAAGUCCUACAGCUUUUGGUAGGAAAUAAAGGUGAAUUUGGCUAUGCUGUAGUUUAUGUUGUGCUCUAAAAUGUAACAAAAGAUGUCAUCUGUUUCCUUUAAGCCAAGCCGGAUUUACCAGAAUGUUGUGUCCAAAAACCACACAGACAAUUCUAGUUUUUGAGGAAACAUGAUGCUCUUUUACCUGUUGCAAUGUAAUUGGAUAAUGCAUGUACAAAUGACUUGUUUAGCCUGCCAAUGAAUGUUGCUAAUGCCUUACCAAAAAAAAAAGAAAAAAAAAAAGCAUAUUUUUUGUAUUUUUUUCCUCAGAGGCAAAUCCAAACAAUGCUAGAUUUGGGAAACUGUUUACUGAAAAGCAUUUUCUAAUAGAUCUCUGAAGAAGUGCAAUUGUAUAAUUAUUAUUGUUCGGCGCAUACAGUACAUUGUCUCCAUCACUCUGUACACUGCUGCUAUUAGUGCUUGUUCUAAUAAAUCUCUAUGUACACUGUUUAAA